GUACAUCAGCUGUUCGGCGAAUCGGAACGACAAGACGCGCAUUUGUUUGACUUUCGACUACGGGGCCAAAAUAAAUCGCAAAUGGAAAUGUAUUUCAGCAAAAAUGAGAAACCAUCUGCUAAAAACCGAUAGAGGACACAAUCACGUUGCCUUUGUUUACAACCCGUUUCGCUGGGAGGCACGCGCGUGCGCAGCAAUCGUAAUAUCGGGCGCCAGGACGAAGGACGAGACAUAGAGAAAUGCUAGGCCAUCGCGAAUGUGGAGCCGCGUUAGGAACUCGCCUUUCAGUGCUCAGCGGAAUUCGGUGGCAUUUCAACGUCUUUUCGGUUGCACAAAUCUCCCAAAACAGUAUUUAUAUUUGCAAAUCGCUGCCCAACAUCCGUGUGUGAGUGAUUCGUCGAGUGUGUAUGUGUGGCGAGGGUCGGCGAAAAGCACGCUACAGAAAAAACAUAUACAAAAACGAUUAAAAAGCACUUUGCAAAACGGCAAAUAAAAUGCAAAGUAAAUAAAUGGCCCGCAACUCAAUUUGGCCUGCAAUUUUAACAGUUUAUCGUACGCCAAAAGUACACACCAAUAAAUAAAAUUAAAAAUCAAAAAUAACUUUAAAACAAAGUGAACAUGAAAACGCGCCUCGUCUCGCUGACUUAUCGCGGCAGUGCGUCCGUCGAUCCGCGCUACUCCGCCUCCAUGUUGCCAUGGACCAUCAACGACAUUCGGUCCACGGAGAGCUACACAAAGUUAUCGGUGGGCAUUGAGCAUGGCAUCCUGGAGUCGUACAACUCGGACUUCGAGCUGCAGUUCAGCCACCCCCUGAAGCAUAUCGUCGGCAUGUGCCGCAUCAUCCACAAGCCGCAGGCCAAGAGUAUCGGCAACGGCUUCCUGCAGCUGAAAUCGGGCUCUAGUCAUGCCUCGGCCGCCUCGGCAGUCGCUUCCUCGAUGGCCGGCGGAGCCAACAACUCGCUUACCGGAAACGGACUGCGCCACACACUGACCGCAUCCACAUCGUACGGCUCACUCUCUUCCAGUGCGGCGUCCGCUUAUCAGCUGCAACAGCAGCAGGCGGCCGAAGCCUCGGCGGAGCAGCCGCAAAACUUCAUGGAAUUCCAGGGACCCAUCACCGGACUGGUCUACUUGCUGAAGGAUCCCAAGGAUCCCCUGCUGCACAUCUAUCUCUUCGAGUGCGAGGCCGUCGAGGAGAUGGCCGAGCUGAUGCACCAGAUGUGGGAUCCGGCCCACACGCUCGGCGGUUCCGUGGGCAGCAUUCCACAGACGCUGAUCGGCGGCGGAGGCGGCAGCCACGGCUCCUCCAACGGAGCUCUGAAUGGAAUCCAUGCCACUCCCGCCACGAAUCUGAAGAUGAGCGAGGCGAUGCGCAGUGCCCAGCAUGACACGAGCCCCAAUCCCGUCAGUUCCAAGAUGAAGGCCUCCAAGUCGUACACCCAUGGCUUGAGCAGCUCCUCGGGCACGGUGAACAUUCCCACGUCCACAUCGGCCCAGAGCAAUCUCUCCCUGCUGGCGGACAUCUCGCCGAAUCACACGCACUUCUUCGAGGUGAUGUACGUGGGCAAGAUUCGGGUCUCCCAGAAGCGAGUGCCCAACACCUUCAUCGACGACGCCCUGCCCAAGUUCAAGGCGUACGACGCCCAGCGCCUGAGGCUCCUCCAGAACCGAAAGAUGUCCCUUAGCAGUGAGGGUGGUGUGGGUAUUGAGGCGAAGGCCGGCAGUUCCCUCAAGAGUCACGACCUCAAGGAGGAAGAUGAGGAAGAACAGGAGCACAGUCAGCGAAAGGAAGGGGAGCAGGAUGCAGCGGCAAAACCCCUGGUACAGCUGCAGUUGACGGGCGCCGAGGAAGGAGCUGCCCCAAGACCCCUGGAGGACAACAAGGAAAACAAAUCGCCCGAGAAAAGGACUCUGUUACGAGGUCAGAGCCAAAUCGAACUGGGCCACAAGGACCACUCUGACGGUUCUGAGCCAUCAGCAGCCAAUAGCCAACUGGAUGCACCCAAUGUCAUUGUAAACAAGCAGCCCACGCCGCCUAGGGAACAGGGCGUGGCCUCUGGGAACGGGAAUGGGGGUGCCAUUUCCGCUUCUGCGGGCCCCAGUCAGCUGCAUCCCAAUUAUGCGAUGGAGAACAUACCCAAGCUGAGGGAUCGCUCCGCUUCGCAGGGCUGCAUUCCGCCAUUUGUGGAACAGAACAGGACGAUGGUGUUUCUGGUAGGACGAUGCGAUCUCCGCCUCAUCUCUCCCGACCGCAAGCAGGUGCUCCUCUACAAGGACUUCAAGGACGUGGCCAGUUGUGUCCAUGGUCAGAAGUCGCUGGACCACUUUGGCAUCAUUUGUCGGGAGCUGAACAACGACGGCUACAUUGGCUACGUGUUCAAGUGCCAGUCGGAGCACGUUUGUGAUGACAUUGUGGCCGCCAUCGCUCAGGCCUUUGACACCUGCGCGGAGCAAAAGAAGAAACAGGAGACCCAAAUCUUCAGCUGCGAGCACUGCCCGAUGCUCUGGUACCACAAACUCUGCACGGAUGUCGAGGGACUCUCCGAGAAGAAGACCCAGGCCCUGAUCCUGCGUCGCAUCGAAACCCUCAGUGACGACGAGCAGGAGAUCGUGUGGGCCAAGUUUUGCGGCUCGGAGAAGACCAACUCACCGGUGGCCGAGCAAAACCAGUUCCUCAUGAUGCUGCUAAGGGCGCACUGCGAGUCCAGGCAGCAAAGGCAUGUCCACGACACCGCCGAGAACAGGUCGGAGUUCCUCAACCAGUAUCUCGGCGGCAGCACCAUCUUCAUGAAGGCCAAGCGCUCGCUGACCAACUCGUUUGACAAUCUCCUCAAACGCAAGCCCUCCAAGGAUGAUAUUGCCGUUCCGCCACACAAUUUAAGGGAUAUCAGGGAGGGAUCCGCCGAGCCCCUGGGCACACAGUCGCCUCCCGAGGGCUUUCGCUCGCGAUCGAAUACGGUGGGUGCCAGUCCCAGCAGCAAGCCCACAGCUGAACAGCUAAAGAGCCCCAUGAUGGAUAUAUUCAUCAAGGUGGGCAAUAGUCCCAAAGAGGCGGAAACCCACCAGGGCUCCUGGCGCCAGGCAAUACUCAAUAGUGUUGUGACGCCCUCCAAGGGUCUAGACAGCGAGGUGCCCACCGAGUUUCUAUCGCCGAUGCGCAAACCUGUGAAACGUGGCAAGCGGGAUGCGGCGGAGCUGAGGGAGCUGUGGCGCACUGCCAUCCGGCAGACUAUCAUGCUGAACCGCAUGGAGACGGAGAACGCCAUGUUGCAGGCACGCCAGAACGAGAACGAGCUGAAGCGCAUUAAGUUGGACUACGAGGAGAUUGUGCCCUGCGACAAGCAGCUAAUCGAGCGCUGGGAGCAGAUUAUCGAGCGCAACUCCACGCAGAUUGGCAACAAGAAGGAUCCCAAGGUUUUGGGUCACGCCAUCCGCACGGGAGUACCCCGAUCGAAGCGCGGCGACGUGUGGACCUUCCUGGCCGAGCAGCAUUCCAUGAACACGGCUCCGGUCGACACAAAGCGCUUUCCCAACUUCAAUACGCCGUAUCACACCUUGCUGAAACACCUCACCGAACAUCAGCACGCAAUCUUCAUCGAUCUGGGCAGGACUUUUCCCAAUCAUCAGUUCUACAAGGAUCCCCUGGGACUCGGGCAGUUGUCGCUGUUCAACCUGCUGAAGGCAUACUCCAUUCUCGAUCCCGAGCUGGGAUACUGCCAGGGUCUAGGAUUCAUCUGCGGCGUAUUACUCCUGCAUUGCGAUGAGUCCAACGCGUUUCAGCUUCUGAAGCACUUGAUGUUCCGCCGUAAUAUGCGCACAAAAUACCUGCCCGACAUGAAAAAGUUUCAGCUGCAGCUGUACCAGCUCUCCCGAUUGGUGAAGGAUCACUUGCCGGAUCUGUAUGUGUGGCUCGAUCAAAACGACGUUUCGCCCACUCUGUAUGCCGCUCCCUGGAUUCUCACUGUCUUCAGCUCCCAGUUUCCGCUGGGAUUCGUGGCCCGCGUUUUCGAUCUGCUCUUCCUGGAAUCCUCCGAUGUAAUCUUUAAGUUUGCCAUUGCUCUGCUCUCGGUGCACAAGCAGCAACUUCUGGCCAAAGACAACUUCGAGGAGAUCAUGGACUAUUUGAAGACGGUGGUGCCCAAGAUAGAGCCCAACUGCAUGGAGCAGAUUAUGAAGCUGGUCUUCAGCAUGGACAUAGGCAAGCAGCUGGCCGAGUACAAUGUGGAGUACAACGUGCUGCAGGAGGAGAUCACCACCACCAAUCAUCACCUGGAAAUGCUGAACAGGGAGAAGACGCAGAACCAGCAUCUGGAGCAGCAAUUGCAGUUUGCUCAAUCGUCGAUUGCUCAGCUGGAGACUACACGCUCCUCCCAGCAGGCUCAGAUCACCACGCUUCAAUCGCAAGUUCAGUCCCUAGAGCUCACCAUCCAGACACUCGGUCGGUACGUCGGCCAACUGGUGGAGCACAACCCCGACCUGGAGCUGCCAAACGAGGUGCGUCGCAUGCUCCAGCAGCUGGACGACCUAGAACGCCAGCGUCGCAAACCCAUCUUCACCGAGCGCAAAAUCGGCAAGUCCAUUUCCGUCAACAGUCACUUGGGGUUUCCACUCAAGGUGCUCGAAGAGCUGACCGAAAGAGACGAACAUGGUUCGCCACAAAAGCAGAAGAAGGAGAAGACACCUUUUUUUGAGCAGUUGCGCCAGCAGCAGCAGCAGCAUCGCCUCAACGGGCAGUCCUCCAAUGCCAGCGAGUCGUUGUCCCCGACGCCACCCUCGCGACCCAAUCGUCUACUGGACAAUGCCAGCGCCCGGACCGUCAUGCAAGUGAAGCUGGACGAGCUCAAGCUGCCGGAACAUGUGGACAAGUUUGUGGCGAAUAUCAAAAGCCCGUUGGAGGUGGACUCGGGCGUUGGCACGCCCCUCAGUCCGCCCAGCACGGCCAGUAACAGCAGCGGAGGAAGCAUAUUCAGUCGCAUGGGCUACCGGACCACGCCCCCGGCUCUCUCUCCGCUGGCCCAGCGCCAGAGUUACGGAGUGGCCGUCACCACAGCUCCGUCUCCCCAGCACAUGGAGGAGGUGCCGCCAGCGACGACGAUGGCUGUUAUUGCGCGAGAGGAUGUCGAGGAGCCGCAGGCCAUGCAUCCGCUCAGCAUGGUCGGAGGCGAUGUAAACGUGCGCUUCAAGGGCACCACACAGCUCAAGUCCAUACGUCCGGUGCACCAUAUGCGAGCUAUUCCGCUGGGUGGAGUCCAGCACCAGUCCAGCACGGAGUCCGCGGUGCGAGUGGCUCCUGUGCCCGUGGAGCUGGCACCGCCCGCGGCCACGGCGACCACCGGUCGCAGCUAACGGUUCUGAUUCAUCGGGAAACUGCUGCGCGGAUUUUAUCGCGAUUAGGGCCCGAAGGCAGAUCGGGCAGCUUAGUAACCCAACGCUACUCAUAACCUCUUCUGUUGCGGCUUAGAUACGAUUAACCCAACCUAUAAGAUAUAAACUUCAGCUACUUCGUUUUCAAAUUGUGUGUAUGUGUCGAUGUGCGCACAAAAUGUUGCCAUAGAUAUUGCUCCGAAAGUUAUGCAAUCGUUAUAAACUGAUGCCCCAAAUACUAGACAAGUAUACAUGCUUAUAGGAAUAAAUUGGAUAAUGCUU